UUUGUCAAAGGAAAACAUUUGUGAUCUUGCAGAAGACUCGGGAAGCCAGGUCUGAAUCUGAUGUCCUGAUGAGACACUAACAGUUUUGUGUCGUUUUUAUAUAUUUAUGCUCAAGAAUGCUAUUUAAAAAAACGUUUCCUCGUAUCUUACCUCACAAUUAAUUGGGGUCUGAUUGACACUUCAGGAACCCAGGCCCUGGGAGUAGACCCGGGCUUCCGUCCCAAGUCCACCCGGUGCUAGGGGCUCCGAAGGUCACGCUCACCCGCUGGGGAGGUGCGGUUCCUGUGCUGGGGGCUCGAUGACACCCUAGUGCCUGCUCGGUGUCUACCUCCCCGCGUCAAGGACUUGAGCCACAUUCUGUGGAGUGACUUCCGGGCGUGUUGUUUUGGAAACUUGAUACAGUUGCCACUGGAGAGGCAAGAGCUCAGUUUUGUGCGUUUAUGCUGCUUAGUCCUCUGCAAAGUUUCGGAAUUUGGGGGAGGACAUGGGGUUUGGGGGAGGACACCGACGUGUAGAUCGGAUUCCUGCCUUUCUGCAGUUUCGGUUGAAGUGUGACUUUUGUGACCCCGUGGAGCUCUCCCAAUGAAAGUAGAGGUCCUUGCUUGGGCUUGGGACCCUGGCGAAGGACCGUGUCGGUCCCGGCGUCGUCUCCUGCUGAGCCAUGGCAACCCCGGAUGUGAGCGUCCACAUGGAGGAGGUGGUGGUGGUGACGACGCCGGACACCGCGGUGGAUGGCAGCGGCGUGGAGGAGGUGAAGACUGUGCUGGUGACGACCAACCUGGCUCCUCACGGUAUGACGAGCACGUGAUCAGCCCAAAGGAGUUUGUGCACCUGGCUGGCAAGUCCACACUGAAGGACUGGAAGAGGGCCAUCCGGAUGAACGGCAUCAUGCUCAGGAAGAUCAUGGACUCCGGGGAGCUGGACUUCUAUCAGCACGACAAGGUCUGCUCCAACACCUGCCGCAGCACCAAGAUCGACCUCUCGGGCGCCCGUGUGUCACUGAGCAGCCCCACCUCCGCCGAGUACAUUCCACUCACACCCGCCACAGCCGAUGUGAACGGGUCUCCCGCUACCAUCACCAUAGAGACCUGUGAGGACCCCGGUGACUGGACCACGGCCAUCGCAGAUGACACAUUUUCCUUCUGGCGAGGGCUCAAGGAUGCUGGUCUGCUGGAUGAGGUCAUCCAUGAGUUCCACCAGGAGCUGAUGGAGACCAUGAAGGGCCUGCAGCAGCGGGUCCAGGACCCUCCCCUGCAGCUCCGAGAUGCCGUCCUCCUCAACAACAUCGUGCAGAACUUCGGCAUGCUGGACCUGGUGAAGAAGGUGCUGGCCAGCCACAAGUGCCAGAUGGACCGCUCCCGGGAGCAGUACGCCCGGGACCUGGCAGCCCUGGAACAGCAGUGUGAUGAGCACCGACGUCGAGCCAAGGAACUCAAGCACAAAUCUCAGCACCUCAGCAACGUGCUUAUGACACUCACGCCCGUCUCCCUGCCGCCCCCCGCGAAGCGGCCGCGGCUCGCGAGGGCCACGUCCGGGCCGGCCGCCAUCGCCUCGCAGGUGCUCACCCAGUCUGCCCAGAUCGCCCUCAGCCCCGGCGUGCCAGUCUCCCAGCUGACCGGCGUGCCGCUCGGCAAAGUAGUGUCCGCCUUGCCGUCCCCUGCGCUGGGCAAGGGGCCCACGCAGGCUGCUCCCGCCGGCUCGCCAGCCUCGCCGCUGCUCGGGGGCUACACGGUGCUGGCCUCGUCGGGUGCCACCUUCCCCAGCACGGUGGAGAUCCACCCGGACGCGUCCAGCCUCACGGUCCUGAGCACGGCCGCCAUGCAGGACGGCAGCACUGUGGUCAAGGUGGUGAGCCCCCUACAGCUGCUCACCCUGCCCGGCCUGGGCCCCACCCUGCAGAACGUGGCCCAGGUGUCGCCCGGGGGCAGCACCAUCGUGACAGUGCCCACAGGGGCCGUCGAGAGCGCCGUGGCCGCCUCAGGCCCCGAGGAGCACACUGCCACCAUUGAGGUGGCCGCCAUGGCGGAAGGCCGUGAGCACAAGUAGACGUGGGUGGAGGACGAGGCCCGCCGUGGGCACAGGGCCGGCCGCCUCUCCUCAGGCCGCGGCCGGGCGGGAGCACGGUGCCGGCGCCCUGCGGGCCACGUUGGGCUGAACCAAAGAGAGGAAACACCAAAACAGACGGCGAGAAAAAGGGAUCGAACACAACAGACCUGUGCGGUCAGCCCUCCACUCGGAGCCUCCUCCCCCUUCUUUCUUGGGAAAUACAUUUUUCCAUCUGUU